UGAGCAUCUCAUCAUAGACAGUGUUUUCGACAUAUCUAAACUGAAUUAUGUGUCAGUCAAGGACAGUUUAAAGAUCAUCAGGGACUGUGACCUCUUUCAUACUCAAAACUGUAAACUACCUCUCAUACCUGUCUGAAACGAGCUCAGAAUUGUGGAAAAUCAUGCCUGGUGUUAAUAAUGCUGGUCCAAAUCCAUGGACUCUCUCUGAGGUACUGGGACAGAGGAGCAUUCUGGGAGCUGUAGUUCUGUUUACAUGGUUGGUUCUGUUCCACCUUCUGGUUAAUGUGUGGCUGCUGUGCAUCUUCACCAGCCUGUUGGUAGUGCUGGGAGGAUGGCUCGGAUCUCGUGUUGCCUUGGAUGCCAACAGCCUCCUUCAUUUAGAGCAUUUUCUCCCCCUGGGUGAGUCCCCUCAAGCUCACACUUCCUCAGAAAGCGAGCAAAGACUGGACUGUGAGAUUCAGAGUACUGUUGAUAAGGCUGUGCGGGACUUUGUGUCAUCCUGGUACAGCAGUUUUGUUUCUAAGGGAGGGGAUGAGUUUGAACAGGAGAUGAGGACUGCCAUGCUGGAGGCAGCUGCCGAACUAAAGCGAAGGGCAAGGCAAGUGGACAGGAGGGCUCUGGCCCAGAGGGUUCUUGAGGUUUUCGGAUGCCAUCUGCAGAGCUUCAGCCAAGCCAGGGAACACCAACACACAAUGCAAGAAGAGUCUGACCAGCCACUCCCAAAGUUACAACCGGUCUGCGGCUCCACACUGUGGAGGUUUUACAGCAAGGCUGACUUGCCUCACCCUGCCCUGGUUACUCCAACUAAACAGCUCAGCUACUCUAGAGCACUGGUAGAUCUCCUUAUGCAUGUCCUUAUUCCCCACUCUCACCUAGAAACACGGACAGGUCGAUACAUGGUGGUAGAGCUCAUUACAUGUAAUGUUCUUCUGCCCCUAGUGGCAAGAAUAUCCAAUCCAGAUUGGUUAAACCAGACCAUUGUAGAUGUGUUCACCAAGUCCAAUCUCAAAGAGAAAACACUAUAUGCAAGUCCACAACAAAUACCUCCAACAGACCUGGAAGAAUCCCAUAGCAGCUUUUGGGAUUGUGAUGACCCAGUUACUUUUGACUGCCCAGAAACCUCCAGCAUGCAGACAGCAUGGUCUGUAUCCACAGCUCCCAUCCUUGAUUCUUCUGGAUCAAGUUUCCAGAGUCAGUGGUCCUUUGAUGAAAAUAAUCAAGGAAGAAAUAAUUUAGGAAUACUUUUCCCAGAGAGAAUUUCCCAAAAUACAGCUGAAAUACUCAGAUCUCCAUACCGUACCAGCCGCCUCUACAGACACACAGAAUGUGAUGUUGAAUCACCCUCGUCUGAAGGGAGGAAGACAUCUACUGAGUCUCUGAAACAAACAAACUCCGAAGAGGAUCAAGUCGAGAACUUCUGUGACUGCAUUUCUCCGUCAGACUUUUGUGGCCUAGCUUGUCUGGAGGAAGACACUUUGGGUCUUUUAGGAAAGUGUUUCAGGCAAAACAUUUUAGUUUCAGAGCCUCCUUCAUGGCCUGAGAGUACUGCGGAGGUGUCUACAGUUGAACCCUUGUCUCACACAACCAACCCCGAAAGCUUUGGUUUGGACCCAUUUGUUUUUGAAAACCUGGGAAGUGUAGAGGGACCAGUAACUAUUCAUAACCUGCAAAUUACUGGGACUAUCACAGCCAAAGAGCAAAAAAGCAACAGUAACAAUCCUUAUACUUUUUACACUGUAAAGUAUGAAACUGCUGCCGAUUCAGAGAGCUCGUCCUCUGAUCAGCCUGUUGCAAAGCACAUGGUGAACCGGCGCUACAGUGAGUUCCUCAAUCUGCAGACCCGUUUGGAGGAGAGGUCUGAUCUAAAGAAGGUGAUCAAAAAUGUCAAAGGUCCAAAGAAACUGUUCCCAGACCUUCCCUUCAGCAACCUAGACUUAGACAAAGUGGAAGCCAGGAGAACCCAACUGGAAUCAUUCCUCAGGAAACUGUGCACAAUCCAAGAGGUAGCUAAUAGUGAGGAAGUACAGGAGUUCCUUGCCCUCAACACAGAUGCUAGAGCUGCUUUCCAGAAGAAGCCAUCAAGUUCACGCAUAGACAAGAUGGUAGAGAACAUAGUGGACACUCUGAAGACAGCGUUCCCACGAUCAGAACUCCAGAGCCCCACAGAGGAAGGAGACCCACAGAGGAAGCCCCGUCUGAGAUUCUCUAGUAAAAUAGCUCCUACUCUCAAUGUCCCAGACCUGCAACCUAAAGUGACAUACUCUUUCAGGGAACACUGCUCUGUUCUCAGAGGUUUCUCGCUGUCAGGUCUGGAGGGAUUUGUAGUGGAACAGGAGAGGCAGGUGGACUGGGGCUUCAAGAGUCACUCUGCAGAGGGAAGACUUCUGAAAGAAGAGUGGAGACCUAGAGAAAAGAGAGCAAAAGGAACAGACACAGCCCUGGCAGACAUCGCUCUAAAUAUCUUGUGUUUGCUGAUGAAGAACCAGUGGAGCUGGCUGUGUACAGAAAACAUCCAAAAGACCAUAAGACUGCUCUUUGGCACUUUUAUUGAAAGGUGGUUAGAGGUAAGGAUAGCCCACCUGACCAGCACCCCGUACUGGGUGAUUUAUCUACAGGUUCUACAGGAGGCAGUAUGGCCUGGGUGUGAGCUGCCUGUUGGACUACAGCCAGAAAAGAGCCCAGAGCAAAGAAACAAGACAAGACUCCAAUGCCUGCAUUGCCUUAUGCAACUGUUCCCAGAGUUUCUUACGGACAUGCUUGGCUCUGAGAAAUGUAGGCUGGUUUGGGAGCAUGUUCUGGAAUCUUUACAGGACCCCAGUAUCAACAGGCACUUGGUAUACUGUAUCUUUGACCUGCUGCUGGAGUUCCUAGUCCCAGAAUUUUCGGAGGAGAUGUUCCAGAGGUCCUUACUUCAGUGUCUACCAGGGGAUGUAGAGAGAACAACAUCAACUGUCUAAGGAUCACAGUGCUUCUUUCCUUCACUCUGUUUUAUCAGUCUUAUCAGUUUGGCUUGCUUUGUGAAUAGCUGAUUUGUGUUACAAUUUUGUAACAGGACAUUUUUACAUUCUUAUCUGAUACAAUUUAUUUCAGAUGGGUUUAGUGUAAUUAUAGUUCUUUGAAUUUUAAUAUGCAUACAGUACCAUCUUAUCUCUUUAUCAAACAUAAACACACGAUGGUCAGCUGCCCGUAAACAAUCUCUCUCUCUCGCACAACCGUCUGCAGUUUAGACAGAAGACAGAACUGAAACUAUUUCCGAGGCUCCUGGGGCAUAUGGCAUCCUCUGCGGUGGCCACACCGCUCGAGUUGAUGCAUAUGAGACCGCUUCAGCACUGGCUCUGGACUCGAGUCCCUAGAUGGGCAUGGCGCCACGGGACACAUCGCGUGGCAAUCAUGUUGAUCUGUCGCGCCUUUUCAGCCCUUGGAACGACCUCAUAUUUCUACGGGCAGGUGUUCCCCUUAGAAGAGGUCUCCAGGUGCAUCGUGGUUUCAACCGACGCCUCCAAGAUGGGCUGGGGCUCAGUAUGCAAUGGGCACGUGGCCGCCGGCCCCUGGAAGGGCCUACGGCUACAUUGGCACAUAAACUGCAUCGAGUUGUUGGCAAUACUGCUCACCCUGCGGAGGUUCCGGCCGCUGAUCCAGGGCAAGCACGUGUUGGUUUGAACAGACAACACGGCGAUGGUAGCAUAUAUCAACCGCCAAGGCUCCAUCCAGUCGUAUCGACUCCAGAUUCAGCUAAUCUGGAGUCGAUACGGGCAUGUAAAGAGACCUGUUUGCUUCCCCAGAAUCCUCCCAUUGCCGGUCUGGUUUGCUGACACAGCUGACCAACUAGAGUACGCAAGUAUGCAUUCCCCCUCAGUGAGCCUGCUUGCACAGACCCUGUGCAAGGUCUGGGAGGAUGAGAAGCAGGUCCCUCUGAGGUCAGGUCAGGUUCCUGAGAGGUGCUAGGAGGUUGAAUCCCUCCAGGCCACACCUCGUUCCCUCAUGGUACCUCUCCAUAGUCCUGCAAGGCCUGCGAGGGGCUCCCUUCGAGCCCUUAGAGUCAGUAGAGCUUAAAGCACUCUCCUUGAUGACUGCCCUCCUGACGGCGCUCACCUCCAUCAAGGGGGUUGGGGACCUGUAAGAGUUUGGUCCGGGCUACUCUCACGUGAUCCUGAAACCCCGACCGGGCUGCGUGCCCAAGGUUCCCACGAUCCCGUUCAGGGACCAAGUGGUGAACCUGCAAGCGCUGCCCCAGGAGGAGUGCUGUGUCCGGUGCGCACUUUACGCAUCUAUUUGGAUUGCACGCAGAGCUAUAGGAUCUCCGAGUAGCUCUUUGUCUACUUUGGUGGACAGAGGAAAGGAAGCGUUGUCUCCAAACAGAGGAUCUCCCACUGAAUCAUCGACGCCAUAGCUGUUGCCUACCAGGCUCAGCACGUGCCGCCCCCUGCAGGGCGCCUCUUAGCUGACAUUUGCAGAGCAGCGGGCUGGGCUACACCCAACUAUAUCGCUUGCGCCUAGCACCUUUCGCCUCCCUUGAGCUGAAGAUGUAAGUAGUUGAUUCCCUGUAGUGUUCACAAGUGUGUUCCCUGGUUGAUUUCCUCCUAGCCCUGUGUCAGAUGAGUUCGCGGAGAAACUCACUGUCAGCCCAGUACUUGUGCUAGCUAAGCCAAUAAUACUGGGACAGGUGCUCCGCAUGCAUUGGUUCCCCAUAGGCAACCCUUUGCAACAUAUAUUCUGCUGAAAAACGUUUCUGUAAAGGAGUUAAAUGGAAAGGAGGAAGCAAGAUCUGGCUUGACAAUAUAAAAAAUAUUUUAAUGAAGAAAUAAACCAAAAGACACAAACACACACAUAUGACGGACAGCUACCCGUAAACAUUCUCUCUCUGUCGCACCACCGUCCGCAGUCAGCCUUUAUCCCUGAUCAGGCUAAUCAAGCCUUCGAGACCCGACCCCGCCCUCCACCCUGUCGCAUUCCUCCCUCAUUCUCUCAGGCUGUGGAACCCCCAGUAUGACGUACAUCUUCCCCUCUUUCCCUGGGGAAGAGCGUGCCUUAUGCCCGUCUGCCGGCAGGUCAUCCUGAAUCUGGGAGGGGACAGGGGGAGGGAAACAAUAAUGAAAAAUAGGGGAGGUACUCCCUGUAACAGUGAAUUACCCCCCCCCCCCAACAAAAAAACGGUAAUCUUUAAAAGAGAGGGAAAAGGCCAACACGGAGCAGCAGUGGGAGAGAGAGAGGAGAGAGAGAAAUAAAAAAAACACAAAGCCAGUUCUCCGAGAUGCCGUAGCUUGGUCCUCGGCCACUCCUCCACCCUCUAGUGGAUGAUCGGAGGCAAUCCUCCAGCCCCUGGUGGACGGAACACGCCUCUGCAUUCUCGGGGAACAGAAGGGGUCUCCCCCACCCCUGGCACUUCAGGCGGUCGGCAUUGAGCCCCUCCCCGCUUGCGGUUGCGUUUUGGUGGCUGGUAGGGGUCUACUGGCAGCGGUCGGCUAGGAGCUCCAUCUCCCCUUGCGGUCGGCGACCAAUUCCUCCACAUACAGGUGGCUGGGCUCCUCUGUCCCCCUGAAGACAGCCAUGUCUGCUCCAUUGGGGUGGAUGGUAGCGGCGAGAACUCCACUACGGCGUAUCCCUCCUCCUUCCCGGGUCUUCAACACCAGUGUAAAGGGAUUAAUGGAAAGGAGGAGGCGAGAAUCGGCUUGACAAUAUAAAUAAUAUUUGAAUAUAAAACUGAAACUAAAAUACACAAACAUAAACACAAGACGGUCAGCUGCCCGUAAACAAUCUCUCUCUCUCGCACCACCGUCCGCAGUCAGCCUUUAUCCCUCUUGGAGGCUUGAUUAGCCAGAUAAAAAUAACGACCCGCCCGUGUAAAAUCGUGUAAAAUCACGACCCGGCCCUGCCCUCCGCCCUGUCACAGUUUCCCUGCUGGCAAACUGCAACAUCCUAGGGCAGGGUGAUCCCCUAGGAUGAUGCUCGUAGAGCCUCCUCGGUGGGCAGGACCUACCGUGUGAAUUCUCCACAUGACAUACUUUCGACUAGACUCGGCAAGACCAUGUGACAUAUUUGCACCUAAUUAGGUUACGGAAGUAACAGGAUGUUUUUUUUUUCCUAAUCAAGGUACCUUAAUGCAUACAGAUUAAAGAUACUCGAAUUGCAUCUUAUUAGAGCAUGAUUAUCCUGGUAAUAUUAUAGCUGAUACCCAGCACAAAUUUUAAGAGAGUUAUCUUAUAUGAGAAAACACAGAAGGCUCAAAUUCUUCAUGGACAUAAAUAUCUGUCAAAUAUAAUAUUUGAAUGGCUUUGAAUUGACCUAUUUUUUAAUUGUUUAAAUUGUACAGUUUGGAGACAAAACAUAAAGACAUACGUAUGUGUCAGUUGUCAAAUUCCCUUACUUGCAAUCUGAUAAGAUCAGCUUAAAUUCAAACAAAUUCAACAGGCCUUCCUGAAGUCGUCUUCUGGCCUUAUUUGUAGUAAUAAUUGCUAAAUAGAUAUAUCUUUUAAGGAUAUUAUUAUCUCAUCUGUGUCUUUUUUUAAAUUAACUAACAGCAGAUGUUCUGUAUUGAAGAUCAAAAGGUCAUUAUGGAAUUUAGAAUGAUACAAAAACUGUGCAAUUUGUGGGAGAAACAUUAUUAUAAUUAUUUUUAUUUUUUUAUUUUAUUGAACUGAACAAAGAUUGACAGAAUUUUACAGUAUGGUGCGUCAAUAACAUGUCAUAAUGAAAUACACAUUCUGUACACCAUGUUACUUUACUACAGUACUAGUGUCUAAUUUUGUCACUGCAGUAAAUAUAUGUCACAAAUGUAUCUUACUCAUGUAAUAUGUUUAGGUACCCCACUGAGGUACCACACUAUGUAAACAAUAUAACAGGCAUAUUUUAAACCUAUUCUAAGCAUCCAGGAUUGUUAAUGGAGGAUCACAAUUGAGUCCAGGAUUAGGUUUAAUCUGUGUCUGGUUGCUGCUGAUGUGUCGCUCUCUGCUGAUCUACAUGUGACCUGGCCUUGCAAGUCUGGGUACAGAGUUGGAUCUUUUUUUAAAUGUCUGUCAGAGCCUGCAACUAAGGCCAAGUUUAUGAAAGAAGCCAGUGGAGCAGAAUUAGAAUAUGUUAUUAUUCUUGCAUGGAUAGACAUCAGAUGUUUGGUGCUAUUAUAAAAUCUAAUAUAAAAAAUGGUUGGUGUAUUAAUGCAUGUGUAGAUACACACACAUGCACACAUUCCGAAAGCAAUUUGUGUACUUGACUCAGAUACAGGUUUUGAAGCCUAGCUGUAUUUGCAUGCUAGAUUUGCUGGAGUAAUGACUGCAUGAUAAUAACAGGUGUACAGAGACUUGUGGAAAAAUUCAAAUUCAAACAACCAGAUGUAGAGCUGUCAACACCAUAUGAAACUAAUAGCCAGAACAAAACAUGUGGACAAAAAAUAAUUCAAACAAA